GGCGGACUUUUCUUUUCCCGCGGCCGCAGGUGAAGGAACGGCCCCUGCUCAAAAUUUCGGAGCUGUGGACUCGAAGCUUCGGCGGCACAACCCCUCGCUCGCUUCGGAUUAUUUGGCGUCACCAUAUUAAUUCGACCUCACUCAACAUAUCUUUGAAUUUCAGUUUGCAUAUACAUCAGCCAAAGAAACAACAGGAAAAUGGAUUCGCUCAGUAUGUUCCUAUGGCCCCUGCAAUCGAAAUUGUGCCCCUCUUGCUAACACGCUGCCUAGAUCUGGACGUCGCGAACGGUACGGCUAACCACACGACCAACGACUAGAAGUGAUGAUGUAGCUAACAAGGUUUCGAUUAUAGCGGCGGUAAUGAAGGAUGAGCAAGGACGUCCAUUCAUCGUCGUCAGAGAGUACGUAAUGUCGAAGUGAUACCGCCAGACCGCCGGCGCUAACUAGUAUCCAGCCAGGGGAAGAAGCGCCGCCAAUUCGGAAACGAAGCCGUCAAGUCGCACAUUCUUGCCGCCAGAACUGUUGCGAACCUCGUAAAAACCUCUCUUGGACCCCGCGGUCUCGAUAAAAUCCUUAUUUCCUCCGAUGGCGACAUUACUAUCACAAACGACGGUGCAACAAUCAUGCAGCAGAUGGAGAUCAGCAACCACGUUGCCAAACUUCUUGUUGAACUGUCCAAGUCUCAGGACGAUGAGAUUGGUGACGGAACAACUGGUGUUGUCGUGUUGGCUGGUGCCAUGUUGGAGCAAGCUGCGGACCUCAUCGACAAGGGUAUUCACCCCAUCCGUAUUGCCGAUGGUUACGACCAAGCCUGCGACAUUGCCGUAGCCGAAUUGGACAAGAUCUCCGACACCAUUGAGUUCAGCAAGGAAGAGACUUCCAACCUUGUCAAGGUUGCGCGUACUAGUUUGGGCAGCAAGAUUGUCUCCAAGGCCCAUGACCAGUUUGCCAACAUUGCUGUUGACGCUGUCCUGUCAGUUGCCGACUUGGAGCGUAAGGAUGUUGACUUUGAGCUUAUCAAGGUUGACGGAAAGGUUGGUGGCUCCCUCGAGGAUACUAUCCUUGUCAAGGGUGUUAUCAUCGACAAGGACUUCUCGCAUCCUCAGAUGCCCUCGGAGGUUCGCGAUGCCAAGAUUGCCAUCUUGACCUGCGCUUUCGAGCCCCCUAAGCCCAAGACCAAGCACCACCUCGACAUCACCAGCGUUGAGGAGUUCAAGAAGCUUCAGACCUACGAGAAGGAGAAGUUCGUCGAGAUGAUUCAGCAGAUCAAGGAUACCGGCGCCAACCUUGCUAUUUGCCAGUGGGGCUUUGACGACGAAGCCAACCAUUUGCUUCUUCAGAACAAGCUCCCUGCUGUCCGCUGGGUCGGUGGCCCUGAGAUUGAGUUGAUUGCCAUUGCUACCAAUGGCCGUAUCGUUCCCCGAUUCGAGGACCUCAAGGCCGAGAAGCUUGGCUCUGCUGGUAUUGUUAGAGAAAUGACUUUUGGUACAACAAGAGAGAAGAUGCUGGUCAUCGAGGAGUGCGCCAACACCAGAGCCGUGACAGUAUUUGUCCGCGGAAGUAACAAAAUGCUUAUCGACGAAGCGAAGCGAUCCCUCCACGAUGCUCUGUGUGUUGUACGAAACCUUGUCCGCGAUAACCGAGUCGUUUAUGGUGGUGGUGCCGCUGAGAUUGCUUGCUCGCUGGCUGUCGAAGAUGCUGCUACCAAGACUGCCGGUCUGGAGCAGUAUGCCAUGCGCGCUUUUGCCGAGGCCCUCGAUGCUAUUCCCAUGGCGCUCGCUGAGAACAGCGGUCUGAACCCCAUUUCUACUCUCGCCGAAGUCAAGAGCCAGCAGGUCAAGGCCAGCGCUUCCGAGAAGGGCAAGCUUGGUGUUGACUGCAUGAGCCGUGGAAGCAACAACAUGAAGGAGGCCUUUGUCAUUGAUCCUCUUAUUGGCAAGAAGCAGCAGCUGCAGCUAGCCACACAAUUGUGCCGCAUGGUGCUGAAGGUGAACAACGUCAUUGUUUCUGGAGCGGAUGAAAACGACUUUUAAAUCGGUAGAUAUUAGACAAAAGUAAUGGUAUAUGAGCUUCCUUCUUCAAUGCACCGGAUACAUUUUGUAGAUCAGUGCCCACCGUUCAAGUGGCCAUACAUGCUAUAGAUUAUCAUAGCAAUGACGGAUAUUUAUUAAAUCCACUGUAUUUUGCAAGAUGAACACUGCCAAAUUAUUUAUUUGCCCAUCCAACCGUAGACUGAAUUGAUGAUGUUUUGCAUUGCUAGCUCAUUGUCGGCUUGUUUUUUUAGAAAUGCGACUUGCCAGUCCUAUGCACAAAAGACCACCAGCAAAUGAUAAGCGAGAGGACCAAUUGGAUAUGCAUGCGGCUUAAUUGACCGAAAAACCGGUCGCCUUGUUUCCUCCCGGAGAUGCAUGCAUGAAAGACCAC